GAUGGGACAGUACAGCUUUUGCUUUUUGCUGUUGCUUUCACUUUGCUCUUGCCUUUUUGCUUUUGCUUGUUAGUUUAGCUAGGCAGUCCGAAUUUUCCCAGGACUGCUUUUCUUUCCCUUUUCUUGGAACCACUCGAACCUGCUCUGGACUGGGAUCUGGGAAACACCAGAAGUUUGCACCGUGUGGCUGCAGCAGCCAUUCCCAGCUCCGGAGGGACUGAGAACAGAGCGACCACUCCCAGGAGAGACCUUCUGAAUUUGUCAUCUCUUCAGAGCGGUGAAAGAGUGGUGUCAUCCGAAAAGAAAAUGCAGAUUGUCAGAAUCCUUCAAAUUUGAUACUCAGCACUGUUGUGAUCUCUUCAUUACUGGAUGUGGAGUCUGGACAUCAGAAUUGAUAUAGGGAAGUACUCCUCUAUUAAACUGAGAACCAACCUAAAAUCAACAAAGUAACACCAGGCCUAACACAAUCAGGAAAUCUGUGCCUCAGAGUGAAAAGCAGCCAACCUGUCCAUCUUCUGCCCUAUCCCAAAACCUCAAUGUGAUGGCCAUGCUGCUCUUCCCCAUGCAGCUGCUGGUAGUGGCUGUCACUGUUUACCUAGAGCUGGUGAGGUCUGCUCAAGGUGGUGCCUACUAUGGGAUCAAGCAGCUGCCACCUCAGGUGCCCCAGUACCAACCCCUUGGACAACAAGUACCUCACAUGCCACUGGGCAAAGAAGGCAUCCCAAUGCAGCACCUGGGCAAGGAGGUACCCCGCAUGACCUACGGGAAGGAGUACCCCCAUCUGCCCCAGUACAGGAAGGAGGUCCCACAGAUGCCCAUGCUCGGCAAGGAUAUGGCUCCCAAGAAAGAGAAAGAAAUUCCCAUACGCAGUCUGAGGGGUGAGCAAGGUCCCCCGGGUGAGCCUGGACCAAGAGGGCCACCAGGGCCACCAGGAUUACCAGGUCAUGGUGUACCAGGAGCCAAAGGAAAACCAGGCCCGCAAGGAUACCCAGGAAUUGGAAAGCCGGGUUUGCCAGGGAUGCCAGGAAAACCAGGGGUCAUGGGGCCCCCAGGGCCAAGAGGGGAGAUGGGGCCGAAGGGGGAGAUUGGGCCCAUGGGGAUUCCUGGACCACAAGGCCCACCAGGGCCUCAUGGGCUUCCUGGCAUAGGGAAGGCGGGUGCUCCGGGGCUGCAGGGGCAACCAGGGCCAAAGGGUGAGCCUGGGAUGAAGGGGCCACCAGGAAUCCCUGGGAUCCCAGGGCCAAAAGGGGAGAAGGGAGUUGGGAUCCCAGGUUUGCCAGGUCUGAAGGGUCCACCUGGGCUUCCUGGUCCCCCUGGCCCCAUAGGAUUGCCAGGGGUUGGCAAACCCGGCAUGGUCGGCUUCCCUGGCCCACAGGGACCCCUAGGCAAACCCGGACCCCCAGGAGAGUUGGGGCUGCAAGGGCCUCCAGGGGCCCCUGGGAUCCAAGGCCCUCCCGGCGCGCCUGGUAUUGGCAAACCAGGCCAAGAUGGCAUGCCCGGCCAGCCUGGCUUCCCGGGUGGCAAAGGGGAGCAAGGAUUGCCAGGCCUGCCGGGGCCCCCCGGCCUCCCCGGGGUUGGGAAGCCGGGCUUCCCUGGGCCCAAAGGGGAGCGAGGUGUGGGUGGUCUGCCUGGGCCCCUGGGGCCGAAGGGGGAGAAGGGGCAUGCAGGGCCACCUGGCAUGGGAGGGCCACCAGGGGAACCCGGCCAGCCAGGACUGCCGGGCAUCAUGGGACCCCCGGGGGCUGCCGGUUUCCCAGGACCUAAAGGAGAGGGGGGUGCUGUAGGGCCACCAGGACCAGUCGGCCCCAAAGGCGAACCCGGCCUGCAGGGUUUUCCAGGAAAGCCAGGCUUUCCUGGGGAAGUGGGUGGCCCUGGGCUGCGGGGGCUGCCGGGCCCCACAGGACCCAAGGGGGAAGCCGGACACAAAGGCUUGCCGGGAGUGCCGGGUGUCCCGGGGCUUGUGGGGCCAAAGGGUGAGCCCGGGCUCCCCGGAGCCCAGGGGCUUCAGGGCCCCUCGGGCAUCCCGGGCAUCGCGGGACCCAGUGGUCCUAUCGGCCCCACCGGGCUGCCAGGGGCAAAGGGUGAGCCAGGCAUGCCCGGCCCCCCUGGCUUCCCUGGGGUAGGCAAACCUGGUGCUGCGGGGCUGCAGGGACCCCCGGGAAAACCUGGGGCACUUGGUCCUCCUGGCCAGCCGGGGGUCCAGGGGCCACCAGGCCCCCCCGGGCCACCAGGUCCCUCGGUCAUCAUCCCGCCCACUCCACCAGCUGUGGGACAAUACCUGCCUGAGGUGGGACCAGGGAUAGACGGCUUGAAGCCCCCCUACGGCUACAAGGGCAAGAAAGACAAGACUGGCAGCAUUGUUUACGAGAUGCCUGCAUUCACGGCAGAGCUGCUCACGCCUUUCCCCCGAGUCGGGGUGCCGGUGAAGUUCGACAAGCUCCUGUACAACGGCCGGCAGAACUACAAUCCCCAGACGGGAAUCUUCACAUGCGAGAUCCCCGGUGUCUACUAUUUCGCCUACCACGUCCACUGUAAAGGCGCCAACGUGUGGGUGGCGCUGUACAAGAACAACGAGCCGCUCAUGUACACCUACGACGAAUACAAGAAGGGCUUCCUGGACCAGGCUUCGGGCAGUGCCGUGGUGCAGCUGAUGCACGGAGACAAGGUUUAUGUUCAGAUGCCAUCCGAGCAGGCGGCAGGACUCUAUGCCGGGCAGUACGUUCAUUCGUCUUUUUCAGGGUAUUUAUUGUAUCCCAUGUAAAGCAAACAGACACACACACACACAACACAAACACAAAAUCAAAACCUUUCUCCUCUGCUUCUUUUAUACAACUAAAGGUGCAUUUUAUGACCAUUUGACCAUCUUGUACAAAAACAAAAAUAAUAAAUACAAAGUUUAACAUUAUGCACAGCUAGUUAUAAAAAAAGGUGUGGCAAACAUAUCUAAAGAUGUAUAUCAGGUUCAUAAAUAGUUGUUUUGCACCCAAGGGGGAAAUAUUAGCUGUACAUUAUAUAUUUCUGCAAUGCCAUGCUUACUUAAUUUCAUUCACAGUAAUUCAGUACUAAAGUUUAAAUCAGUGUAUGUCACUCACUCCUGUUGCAUUGAUCAUAGUUAUGAGACGAAAAACAGUGACUUAAAGCAGAGUAGGUCAGUCUCUAAUUAUAUUUUAAAAAAUUGAGAGGCUUAUUUGUCUGGGUGGGGGUUUUCUUUGAUUUUUUAUAACCAGUCUACCUGACAAGCAAGGGUUCCCUUAGCUGGAGACUUUUAUUUCCCUUCCCCUGUAAUAAAAUAAUCCUGCAUGUG